UAACAUGUACUCAAAGGGCACCUUCCUUGCUAAGCAAAACAUGUUUUCAUAAGAUGUACCUAUUUUGGCCAGGGAAUAGAUCUAAUCAACACAGCAGUUGAUGAUAAAGGAAGAUACUUCAUUUUGGAGAACCGAUUCGGGUUCAGUUGGCUAAUGGUGUCACACCGAGCCCACCCACAUUCGACUCUCACCUCCGUGGAUGCUCAUAUUUUGAAAUGCACACAAAUGCAUUUUAGGUUCUUAACUAAAGUUAUUGAUUUCAUUGGACUUCCCGAGAUUUGAUGAAUGAUAGAUAGAUAACAAUAUACUGCACUGUUGUGCCUCUGUAAUGUGACUGACCACCUUGACUUUGACAAAUACUUGAGGAUAACUGGUCUGGAAUCUGGAUCUAAAGCCAUUUUAAAGUGUUCAUGAAAGGGGUGGUCCUGGUGAACUGUCAUCAUGAUUGGGCUCAUAUGAGCUAGUCAUCAUAACUUUGGUCAAUUAAGUUUUCGCUCCAGUUGUGCAUGUAUAAAUAUGUUAUUUGUGCCUACUGCAAGCUUCUUGCUUUAUUCUUCUCGUAUUUGCUACUUCUGGAGUGGCAGACAUGACAUGUUUGGAUCUACUAAGUGCACUAAGCAACCUCUUCUCAACUGAACAUAAUGGUACAAGAACCAGUUAACUGUGAUUAGAUUAUCAGCAGGUACUUUUUAUUGGACAUUAUUUUCAAUAGUUCCAAGUAAACUUGCAGAUAGGAUGGAGUACCAGACUCUUUUGGUUGGUGCUGGAAUUCUAUAAAAGACGGAGUCAUGAAAACCAAGUGAACAAAACAAAAUAGAUUGCAUGACACUUAACAGUAAAACAUGUAGUGUUGGCUUCACACUUUGAAUUGUACGGCACACAUUUCUUUUAAAACUCUUUAGAGGAUUGUAGAAUAUAUCGCGUGUCAUUCCUAUUUUUUUAUCAUUCUUUAGUCAGAUGGCGGCAUAGUGAAUAUGAGCGUACAAGAAAGGAAAUUGUAGAAUACUAGAGUUUAAAAUGUUAUUCUGACCUUUCAAACUAGAACAAAGUCUUAACAGUGUAAAGUGUAAAUGCCUUUACAUCAGACAUAUUCCUCACUAAUAUACAUUGUAAUCAUGGGCCACUUGAUUAUCUAGCAUGGGGCAGUACAAGCAAUAUGGAUUUUAUACAUUACAAGGAAUUCAAUACACUUUGAACAAGCUGUAACAUAUGCCCUUGUACAAGGUAGCUAUUUAGGCUACUUUGUGAAUUGCAACAGCUAUGUGUUGUUUGACUCUUCCACAACCUGCAAGGACUGGCCUACCAAUUAUUCCUUGUCCUCAGGAGCCACAAUAAAAUGCUCACAUCCAUGACAGGUCUAAAUCACCAUUUGCCUCAAGUGCGAGAGGAGGAUCCAGAGUCCAGUUGCAACAACCUCAGAAGCUAGUCCAAACUAGUGAGAGGUUGUGUGCACAAACCAGAAGGUAGACUGAAGAAUAGUAAUGGCUCGUGGUAAGGUUCAGAUGAGAAGGAUAGAAAACCCAGUGCACAGGCAGGUCACCUUCUGCAAGCGGCGAAUGGGCCUCCUGAAGAAGGCAAAGGAGUUGUCUGUUUUAUGUGAUGCUGAUAUCGGUGUCAUGGUGUUUUCUCCUCAUGGAAAGGUUUAUGAGCUAGCUACCAACGGGAACAUGCAAGGCUUAAUUGAGAGGUACAAGGGUAGCAACACAGAAGCACAUGGUGAAAGUAGCGAGCAGAACAAACCUGAGGUAAUACAGCAAGAGGUACUACUCUUAAGGCAAGAAAUUGACUUGCUUCAAAAGGGCUUAAGGUACAUGUAUGGAGAGAAUGAUAUAAACCACAUGAAUCUCAAUGAGCUGCAAACCCUGGAGAGUAACCUUGAAAUUUGGGUACACAAUAUCCGCUAUACAAAAAAAGAUGAGCACAGCAAUUCCCUUCACCGGUGUCCUUUUGUGCCUCUGUUUUGCAGGAAGGCAUACUCAAGGCUGCCAAUGACAUACUUCAAGAAAGGAUAAUUGAGCAGAGCGGGAUUCUGGACACUGGCAGCAACAUGAUGAUGCCACAAUUUCCCUUCCAGCGAACCAUGGAGAGUGACUACUACUUCUAGCCUAAACAACCAACCUAUCAAGCUAGCUCGCCAGUUCGGGUUUGAGUUCAACAAGGCUACCCUUUAUGGAACUCACAUAACCUUAUGUGUGCCACUUCAUGUUGUAAAAAGGAAAAAGAAGAUCAGCAUCUGUCGAUGUACAUGCUUUUUUCAUAUGUAGAUUCAUCAUCUUUCAGAUUGGACUAUUCGCAGAUUGCAUGAUGUUACCGCACUUUCCCCUCCAGCUGACCAUGGAGAGGAGUACUCGUGUAGCCUGAACGACCGACCUAUCCAAGUUAUCUCCUAGUUCCGAUUUGAGUUCGACAAGGCGACCUUGCAAGGACGUCUCAUAGCCUUGUGUGAUGUGUCUGCCACUUCAUGAUGUAAAAAAGUACAAACAAAAUCUGCAUCUGUAUCUGUA